UCACCCAAAGGCAACUUCUCAGAAGGGCGGGGACGCAACGACCUUUCGCGCAGACGCAGUCGGCGGUCCACGCGCGGUGCAAUGGCUGGGACGCACGUUUCCCGUGUCCGGGCUUUAUAUAGGAGGAUCUUGCAACUACAUCGGGUUCUGCCCCCGGACCUCAAAUCUCUGGGUGACCAAUACGUGAAGGAUGAAUUUAGGAGACAUAAGACCGUUGGUUCUGACGAGGCUCAGCGUUUCUUGCAGGAGUGGGAGGUAUAUGCAGCAGUAUUGUGGCAACAAGCUAAUGAAUACAGACAAAAUUCAAGUGAAAAAGCAUGUUUUGGCACCCCCCUCCCUGAAGAAAAACUUAAUGACUUUCGUGAUGAGCAAAUUGGACAGUUACAGGAGCUGAUGCGAGAAACUACUAAACCCAACAGGCAAUUUAGUAUCACUGAGUCUAUAAAACCAAAAUUUUAGUAAAUACAGUAAAGUUUAACAAAACAUGUAAAAUUCAGAACUUCUUAACAAUCAUUAGCUUUUUAAAGUUAUUAUUUCAGUCUUAAGUAUUUUAUUUUUGGCUGAUAUGGAUGGAUCAGGAUUACCAGCAGACAACUAAAAAACUUCAGGCAUUUUUGGAAUAACAGUAUUUAUUGAAUGGAAUUUCAUUUUUUGGAUUAAAUGAGAAAGACUCUAAAAUGGUCAAACUUUGAAAUAUUAUUGAGAACUUUUUGUUUUAAAUGCUGUUGUUCAAGCAUUAGCCUCAGGGAUUUUCUUUUACUACAUUAGUUAAGUAUAUCAUAAUGACAAAUGUAGAAUUCCAACAAGUUUAUCAUAUUGUCAUUCUGAAAGUAUGGCAAGUAUUUCUACUCUAAUAAUUGCAUACAUCAUUAUUCUGCAUGUCUCCUUCUGACUCAUUGUUCACAAUGGAAGAUUAAAGAGAAGAUUUAAUAUUCAAUAUUAUCAUUUGCAUAGUAGAUUAUACAAAGUAUUAUAAUGUUUCUACAGUAUUUAUAACAAAUGACCCUUCAAAUAAUUUGUAGUUACUUUGAGAAUCUCAUUUAUUGCCUAAUGGUUGGGGAGUUUAAAAACACAAGUUUUUCUCAUACUUAAAUUGAUUUAUACAUUUUUAAAAAGACACAUUAAAAUUCUGCAUGUGCCAAGCAUCAUUCUGGAUAUGGGGGAUACAGCAGUUACCAAAUACAAAAAGUCUACUCCCAUGCCAUGAAUUUGCUCAAAGGAAUGGUGUAGUGACAUUAUACAAACUUAGGGUCUAGGCUUCAGAACCUAGCACACCUCCAUGGCACCAUUGGGAACCUGCCCAACGGCCAUGUUAAGCCUGAGCUGACCCUCCAGACUAUCGGAUCAGAUCUUAGGAAGCAUAGUGAGCCACCCUACCCAAAUCCACCCUAGACCUGACUUUCAGGCAACAGCAUACACAUAAGUGAACCCAGUUAAAUUUAGGUUUACAAGG